AUGCGCAUGGCCUGCAUGGUGAAACUUAUCAAAAAGAUGAUCGCCAACAGGAUACAGUUUGACGCGGUCAAGCAUGAUAUCUUUCAUCCAAACCAACUUGGCAGUAUCCACCAGAGGUCUACUGAGGAUGCUGGAUUGAUUCUGACUCAUCUCAUGCAAGCAGGGUGGGUUAAGGGUCUCCAGACUAGUGCACUGGCUUUUGACAUUGCGCAGUUCUUCCCCUCUAUCAACCAUGAAAUGUUCAUGGCUGUCCUACGCAAGCAAGGGUUUUUGCCAAUCUUGGUGGAUUUCUUUGCUUGA